UCCUCGCAAAAUCCUUUAACGAAAAUCGCUAUUUGGAACUCUCACGCAGUUUAAACUGUAUGGCAUUGGAGAAAGAGAACAAUACACAUAAAGGACACACUCUCACCAAAUAAAGUCAAAGCUCUUUCGUUUUGGGCGAAGCGGUGGACAGAGUACAGUUCAGUACAGUUAGAGAUGGAGGAAGAACGACAGCAGCAGCCAUUGAAGGAAAACACCGUCAUCGUGCUCCACGAUGCUCUCGUUGUGACCAUGGAUUCACAGAAUCGCGUUUACCGGAACGGCGCCGUCGUUGUCCGGGGCGACACCAUUGUCGCCGUUGGACAGUCGGAGGAUAUCAUUUCCCAGUUCUCUUCUCUUUCACCGCAUCUCAUCAACCUCCAUGGCCAGUUUUUGCUACCAGGGUUGAUAAACACACAUGUUCAUACAUCACAGCAGCUGGCUAGAGGGAUAGCUGAUGAUGUUGACUUGCUAACGUGGCUUCAUGACCGCAUUUGGCCUUAUGAAUCCAACAUGACGGAAGAGGACUCGUAUAUUUCCACUUUACUCUGCGGAAUUGAGCUCAUUCGCUCGGGUGUCACAUGCUUUGCUGAAGCCGGAGGGCAGCAUGUUUCCGGAAUGGCGAGGGCAGUCGAACGGCUGGGUAUACGUGCAUGUCUGACGCAAUCGGUGAUGGAUGCCGGGGAGGGAUUGCCUGCAUCCUGGGCCAAUAGAUCUGUCGAGGAGUGCAUUCAGUCCCAGAAGGAUCUGUAUAAGAAGCACCACAAUACUGCUGAUGGACGAAUCAGAAUAUGGUUCGGGUUAAGGCAAAUUAUGAAUUCAACAGAUCAUCUGCUUACUGAAACAAGAGAUGCUGCUAAAGAACUCAAUACUGGAAUUCAUAUGCAUGUUGCCGAGAUACCAUAUGAGAACAAACACGUGGUGGAGAGACGAGGAGUGGAUCACGGGACUGUUACAUAUCUUGAGAAAAUCAAGCUACUGCAAAGCAACUUAUUGGCAGCUCAUACAGUUUGGGUUGACGAAAAUGAGGUUGGUUUACUUUCAAAAUCAGGGGUGAAAGUGUCUCAUUGUCCUGCUGCUGCAAUGCAUAUGCUAGGAUUUGCACCGAUUAGAGAAAUGAUCGAUGCAGGUGUCUGCGUCUCUUUAGGAACCGAUGGCGCACCGUCAAAUAAUAGGAUGAGCAUAGUGGACGAGAUGUACCUUGCUUCCCUAAUAAACAAAGGGCGAGAAGUUUUUAAAAAAGGAACCACAGAUCCCACUGUUUUGCCUGCAGAAACUGUUCUUGAAAUGGCCACAAUAAAUGGAGCAAAAUCUGUGCUCUGGGACAAAGAGAUAGGUUCGCUUGAAGUUGGAAAAAAGGCUGACAUGAUCGUUGUCAAUCCUUAUUCUUGGUCAAUGAUGCCUGUUCAUGACUGCAUUUCUAGCCUUGUUUACUGCAUGAGAACUGAAAAUAUCACCUCCCUUAUGUGCAACGGCCACUGGAUCAUGGUGGAUAAGAAAAUCUUGACCUUGAACGAGGAAGAAGUUAUGAUAAUGGCUAAGAACGCAUCUCAUGAUCUUCUGAAGCGGGCGGGAAUUCGGGUUCCAAGCAGAAUGCACUUUCUGUAGUUCUGCUUCUGUUAUGAAGAUCAUGUUCAACAACAGAACAUAAGGCAGUGAUGUAUUGUACUAUUGUUUGGAUAUGUGCUGGCUGGGAUCUGUAGUCACUGCUAUCAUCCUUGGAUUGGAAUCAUCCGGUUUUUAUAUACAACCAUGAAGCAUUUUGUGUA